AUGCGCAGACGAUCCUCUCUGCGAUCCACGAGUCUCGGCCAAGGAAUACGACCUCGGCAGGAGAAGCUCCUCCUCUUCCUCGUCGAGGAGGUGGCCGGUCGGCCCUUGAAGGUCAGGAGCCGCAAGGCCGCCACUGAUACUCCGCAGGACGAGACCCGCCUGGCCUGGCGGUCGGUCCGAACUUAUGUCACCGCAAUCACGGAUCUUUACCGGACGCAGAAGGCCCUCGGAAUGAAUACGCACCCGUCGCCGCGCGAGGACAACUUUGCCGGGGAGGGCUCGACCCGGUGCAUGCCGCUCAUCUUUACGACACGAGCCGGCAAGCAGAACCAGCACGGCCGCCUCGAGACCGCCGGCGCGUAUCGGAAUAGGAACCCGCUAAUCUGCAUCUUGGGUGGCCUCUCGUUCUACCUCUUGUAUCGUUGGGAUCUCGGUAGUGAGCCGUUUCCCGAUUUCAGCAGGCGGUCCUCGUGGUACGACAUCCGGCUAAUCAAGGGUAACGGCACCGGCCGGACGGCGGCUUUCUCGUACAACUCACAGCGCGAGUGGGUUGUCAAGGCCUUCGCCUACGCCGGCGUCACGUCGCAGAAGAAGACGCAUGUCGGCCGCAGCUCGGGGGCGAGGACGGCUGAACUAAAGGGGAUUAGCGAAGACCAGAUCCGUCGCGCGGGUCGUUGGAACCAGGAGCAGAUGGUCGGCUGUUACCUGAACUCGUUGCCUCGCAAGUUCAUGCGUACGAUGGCCGGGCACCCGCCGCAGGCCGGAUGCUUCGAGAUACGCCGUGCCGGCGUGACGCCGCCGGAGGUCCUGCUCUCGAUGAUCUGGCCCGAGCUGGACCGUUGGCGAGGCCGGUUCGGUCCCGGUACCGAGCAGGAGAACGACCUGGCAGCGAUGGCCCCGUUUGGAACCACCCGGUCUUCCGGCAUCCGGCCUACGCCCCGUUCGCGCACCAGCUAUCGGACUUCGUCCUUGAAGAGGAGCGUCCAAGCCAGCUUGCAGUCCUAG